AAACACAACAUAACAGAAGAACUAAGACAGCAGAGGAACCCCCAAUAACGUUUAGCUUCAACAAAUAACAAUGGCCGCUCGCUUGAUUUUUCUCGGUCUCAGAAGGAGAAGCCGGAAUUGCAAUCCCUCAAGAUUCCUCUCAGCUGGUGCAGCGAGCAGCGAAUACGCGGAGCAGACUCCGAGUGGUUUUGAAGGCGAUGAUCUGAGGAGCCGAAUAUUCCGGCUGAGGCUUCCGAAGCGGAGCGCCACCCACGUCAUUGAGAGGUGGGUCGGUGAGGGCAACCGACUCUCAAUUUCUGAGCUUCGCGACAUUUCCAAGGAGCUGAGGAAAUCACAGCGUUAUAAGCACGCUCUUGAGAUAUCAGAAUGGAUGCUCACUGAUAAGGAGUUUGAGUUAUCAGAUUCUGACUAUGCAACACGCAUUGACUUGAUGACAAAAGUUUUUGGUAUUGAUGCUGCUGAACGCUACUUUGAAGACCUGCCUCUUAGUGCAAAGACUAGUGAAACUUACACUGCUCUUCUCCACUCAUAUGCUGGGGCAAGAUUAACUGAGAAGGCAGAGGAACUCUAUGAAAGGAUAAAGGGGUCAAACCUGUCAUUUACUGCUGUUACGUAUAAUGAAAUGAUGACUCUGUACAUAUCAGUUGGGCAAGUUGAGAAGGUUUCUUCAAUUGUAGAAGAUCUGAAAAGACAGAAGGUUGCACCAGAUGUUUUCACUUACAAUCUUUGGAUAAGUUCAUGUGCUGCAACCUUAAAUGUUGAUGAGGUUAGAAGGAUUCUGAGCGAAAUGAGCUCUGACUCUUGUUCUGAUGAUGCUUGGGGAAGAUAUAUCAAGCUUGUAAAUGUAUAUAUCACUGCUAAUCGCCUUGUAAAUGCAGAGUCCAGCUCUCCCAUUGAAGCAGGAAAAGGUAUUUCACAAAGAGAAUGGAUAACAUAUGACUUCCUUGUUAUUCUGUAUGCAGGCUUGGGAAACAAAGAAAAAAUUGAUCAGAUAUGGAAUUCAUUGAGAAUGACCAAACAAAAAAUGAUGAGCAGAAACUUUGUAUGCAUUCUUUCUUCAUAUUUGAUGCUUGGACAUUGGAAAGAAGUGGGGGAAGUUAUUGAUCAAUGGAAGCAGUCUUCCACCACAGAUUUUGAUACCUCUGCUUGUAACAGGCUUUUGAGCACGCUUGCAGAUGUUGGACUUGCUGAUAAGGCCAACGACUUUCAUAAGCUCCUAAUUCAGAGAAACUGCUUCGCCACAGAUGAGUGAGAAUGUAUUAGAGUUUAUUCUGAUCCAGCACAGAUUCAGUGAGAAGCUCAGAGUACUCAUCUUGAGAGGUAAGCUACCCAGGAGAAAACUAAGAAUCAUAUUGUUUCUUGCUAGCCCGCCUGGAAAUCCAUUAACUGAACUGCAGUAUCAGGACCUUCAUUUACAGUGUUUGUUUUCUAGGAUCCCCGAUCCUUGAAAUGAAGAUUAUCUCCGUUUUCUUCUGAAGUUCUAGUCAAGCUACAAACUCAUGUUCUCUUAGUUGCUAAUAGAAUAAAAUGUAGUCAUGUUAAAUUUUGUCAUAUAUCCAUAUGAUGAGUGGCAACUUGUUCAUCUAAAUUAUGUUGCUCCACAUGUUUAUUCUAUGCAUGGUUAGCAUUGC